AUGGAUCUUGCUGGAGACCAAAAUGAAGUAGAGGUUCACUAUGUAGGAAUGGAGCAUGAUGCACAGAUGGACUACUACGGUACCUGCCUAUCAACCUGCUCCUCGGAUAGGUCCAUCAAAAUUUUUGAUGUGCAGAAUGGAGGGCAGAUCCUCAUUGCAGACCUCAGAGGACAUGAGGGGCCAGUGUGGCAAGUGGCCUGGGCCCACCCCAUGUAUGGCAAUAUCCUGGCCUCCUGUUCCUAUGACCAGAAAGUCAUCAUCUGGAAGGAGGAAAACGGCACUUGGGAGAAGACCCAUGAACACUCAGGACAUGACUCCUCAGUGAACUCUGUUUGCUGGGCCCCUCAUGACUAUGGCCUGAUCCUGGCCUGUGGGAGUUCAGAUGGGGCCAUCUCACUGCUGACCUAUACAGGGGAAGGCCAGUGGGAAGUGAAGAAGAUUAACAAUGCUCACACGAUUGGCUGUAAUGCUGUCAGUUGGGCUCCAGCACUUGUGCCUGGAAGCCUUAUAGACCAAUCAUCAGUGCAGAAACCCAAUUACAUCAAGAAGUUUGCAUCAGGUGGCUGUGACAACCUCAUCAAGCUAUGGAGGGAAGAGGAGGAUGGCCAGUGGAAGGAGGAGCAGAAGCUAGAGGCACACAGCGACUGGGUCCGAGACGUUGCCUGGGCCCCCUCCAUUGGCUUGCCCCCCAGCACCAUUGCCAGCUGCUCUCAGGAUGGUCGAGUGUUUAUUUGGACCUGCGACAAUGCCUCAGGCAAUAUGUGGUCACCUAAACUCCUACACAAGUUCAAUGAUGUUGUGUGGCACGUGAGCUGGUCCAUCACAGCCAACAUGCUGGCUGUGUCAGGUGGAGACAAUAAGGUGACCCUGUGGAAAGAGUCGGUGGACGGACAGUGGGUGUGCAUCAUUGACGUCAACAAGGGCCAGGGUUCUGGGUCAGCCUCCAUCACAGAGGGCCAACAGAACGAGCAGUGACAGCACAGACAGCCUGGCCUUCCUGUUACCUAUUCUGGAACAACCUCCAAAC